CCGAGCUCUCCCCUACUCUGGAGCAAGGGAGGCGGAGUGCAUCAACACGUGUCCAUUCUCUAUUUUAUCUAGCCCUGCAUGUAAUUCAAUACAGAACUGAAAUAGACUGUGAGACCACAGCACCAGUUGACUACCUUUCUUUGUGCCUGGACCGACUGUUCAUUGUGCAUUUCCACUGCGCGCAUUGUUUGUGUGUGUUUUUUUUUUAACAUUGACUGGAGUUUGGAGUUACGACUUAUUAAAUGUAUGUGGGAAUUUAUUUUCGGGUCUUUUUAAGUUUGCUGCCCUUAUGGGUUGUUGAUGGGAAUCAGUGUCCAGAAGGUGUGUUAACGAUUCACCCUGAGAGAGUGGUUGUGAAAUAUGGGGAUUUCGUGGAGGUGAACUGCAGCGCAUCAGGAACACAUGAUGGGAUGGGCUGGGAGGCUACUGUUGGGAACAAACCCAUUGAGGAGGACAUCCAUCUGAUCACCUGGACUGUGGAAGAGCUGACAGAUUGGGAUGUGGAAGCUCAGUGCUUCAUCAAUCUAGAGGAUGAACAGUGCAUCAAAACCCUUACUGUUGUCAUGUACAAGGAUCUAGAACAUGCACCUGUACUCUCAGCUAACCACACGGGACCAAUGAUCGAGGGAACUACAUAUCUGCUCCAGUGUGCCGUAUACAACGUCGCACCCGUCCGUACCCUUACCGUGAUGUGGUACAGAGGGGAUGUCCUGAUAGGUCAUUCCCCAGCUGACAACAGCACAGAGCGGCCCAGCCCAGUAAAUGUGACUGCUAGCCUCCGGAUCACCCCGACAAAACAUGAUGAUGGAGCCCAGUUUCGGUGUGAGGCAGAGCUCAAUCUGGGACAAGAGGGACCUCAACCACCCCCUCCUAAAAUGAUAUCUCAGAGUGUUAGCAUCACUGUGCACUAUGGUCCAGUAACAACCAACUGUCCACACCUGACACACAGUGGCUUAAAGAUGGCGAGGAAGUCGUUUUGGCCAGAGGAACUCUCUAGAGGUUAUGGGGGCAAUAUUUCAUCCUGGCAAACAGCACCUACGGAAAAUGCUUCUCACUUACUGGAUAUCAAAGUCCUCUAUCCACCCUCACCCAUAGCUGAACUUGAGGACACAGAGGUGGACGUGGUGGGGUCUGAUGUGGUGCUGAAAUGUGCUGUUCAUGGAGACCCUCGGCCGCAGUACGAGUGGAGCUACCCUUGGGUCAGUAAUGUGUGGGUGAAGACUGAGGAUGGGGUGUCCCUGCUGCACAUUAAUGGAACCACCGAAGCAAACAUUGGAACGUAUGCAUGUUUUGCCUUCAACAAGCUUGGAGAAGCGCGCAGAUCUGUCAGAGUCACUGUGAAAGGAGUACAGGCUUCAUGCCCAAUACAGUUUUCCAGCGCUAACAAAACAGUGAACGAAACAGUGGUGGAAUAUAACAAGAAUGUGUCAAUCAGAUGCUCUGCCCCAGGACACAAAGAGAUUCUCUGGACAGUUUCACGGAAUCACAGAAUCACAGGAGACACGUGGACAGAGAAAGCCCUAACAGACUGGAAUGUAAAGCCCAUUUGCAAAGUUACUUUAUGGAACCGCGACCCUUGCCAUAAACUCUUCAAUGUUACUCUUUUCAAAACGCCAAAGGAUUUAUCCAUCCGUUUUCAGAACCACUCUGGACCUUUAAUUAAGGAUAAACAAUAUACACUCCUGUGUGAGAUUCAAAAUGUCGCUCCAAUCAAGAACCUCGUUGUCAACUGGUACAAAAAGGAAAUAAACAGUUCUCGUUCCGUGAAGAAUGAAACAUUUCCGGACAACUCCAUCAAGACACCCCAAAAUGUUUCCUCCACCCUCCUCAUCAGAGCCACCAAGUCUGAAAACGGGGCGCAGUACUGGUGUGAGGCCAGACUGAAGCUGGGAGACCACGACACGAGCGCCACAUCACAGCCCCUCAGUGUCACCGUCUACUAUGGACCAGUUAUUACCCGGCCAAAUGUCAGUGACUUGCCCGUGUUCAAAGACUACCAGGAGGUGUUGGUGUGUGAAGCAGAGGGAAACCCCAAGCCAGAAAUCAUUUGGAUCUUCAACAACAAAUCCAUCAAAGGUGGCAAUCUCACCAUUGGCACUGAAAUGGCAGGGUUGAUCCACUGCAGAGCAAGCAAUGAGGUUGACGUCGCUACAAAAACAGUGAAGCUGGUGUUCAAAGAGGACUACUUGCCCCUGAUUGCCGGCUUUGUGGCAGUGAUCGUGGUGAUCACCUCGGUGAUCUUCAUCUUCAUCUACUCCAUCUACUACACAAACACCAAGAUGGGCCGCUACAGCCUGAAGGACGCCAAGCCCAACACACAAAAUGGCAACGUUGCACAGAAUGGCCUUGACAGCAACUUUCCCAUGAAGAAACUCUCGCAACAGAACAUCUAUGUCUUGGAUGGGACUCCGUGACUUGUGAUGCGCCUUCUGAGGAUGUGCAUCACUUCAUUCAAAGCAAGCUCGGGCCAGAUUUGAGUUUUCUGACCAGCCAGAGAGGGUUACGGCGGGUCCUCAACCUAUCCGAUCAUCAUCCUCAUACUCCUUAAGAUCAGCACACACACUGUCUUUAUCCGAAUCCGCCCAAAAGCUUGUUUGGUCUGGCAGAACCUUGCUUGCUGACUACAGAGAACGACCUGUACCUUUUUUCCUUUGUGAUCAUUUUUGCCCCAGGAUGUUUCCAGCUGAGGUACAUGUCAGUUGGAAGAGGCUAUAGGACCAUCUGUUACUUUGCAGUGAAUGAAUACGUUGACAUAGUACAGUCCAGUACAGCUUUCGUGCUAUGCAUAAAGAGAGAAUAUAUGUUGGGCAUUACAGCAUGUUUUUUUCUUCUUGUGAGUCAGCUGUGUAGCUCAGCUAACUACUGUUAUUCUGUAUGUGGGAGGUACUGUGUGCUGAGGUCACCACUGCAUCAUCAUCAUCAUCACCACCAUACAGCACGGUUGUUUGUUAUUCAAAUGGUGUUUGCGUAGAUUCCUCUUUCUAUGGCUGUCACUUGAGACAUGCUUGGCCCUGUGUAUGAUGUCAUACUGUUAUGCUAUUACAUGCACGUAUUAGAAAUAUUAUCUUAUAAUUCUAUAAGUAUCUAACUACAUCUAAAAUGAACGUAAAUAUGUAUAGAUCUGUGAUAUGAAGUAGCCCCUUAGUGUCACUGCUGUUUGAGGACUUGCAAAAGGGGGGGGGGGCAUGGCAUGGAACUCCUGACGUCUAACUGUGUUUGCUCUUAGACGUAACACAAUGUCUACAACUAUGACUGGGGUUUCUAACUGUGUUUGCCCUUAGACGUAACACAAUGUCUACAACUAUGACUGGGGUUUCUCUGAUGAAGAUUAUAUUAAGAGUCCUGAAAAUGACAAUGUUACCCAUAAAAUCGGUGAAUACACAUAAACAUGUUUUCAGGACCUCCUAUGGAAUUUGCAAUAGGUGUCUGUGGGGGCCUAUAGGAAGGGCGCCUUUGGCUUUGCAGAAAUGUGCCUAUUAUGAAAUGAGCUGCUGGCAUUAGCUUACCUGCCUUAAUGUUGGGACCUGUUGUACACUGGAUGACAUCUGUGAUCACACUGUAGAAAAAUAGACUUUUUUUUCCAGUAA